CGAGCACACACGACGAGCCUCAUAGCAGCUCGCAUUCAGUCUCUGGCGUUCUAGACGAUGCUGCGAUGGCGGGCUGUAUGCGAUAGUCAGCUUCCAAGAAGAGUCGGCAAGUGAGCAGCCCCCACGACUUGACGUGGUCGCGAUGUUCUCAAGCAAGAAGAAGAAGUCGGUCAGCGAGGCGCCAGAGGAAGGAUCUCUGGCCUACUACGAGGCACUGGCCGGCGUGAGUAGAGCAAGCUCGGUGGCUAGCAGGAGCUCUACUCAACAUGCGCUGCCGCCAAGCGCGUUGCCGCUCUCGCCGCCUGCACCCGAACGGAGACCGUCAAGCGCUUCCUCGCUGCGUCCCAAUGGCUCACAUCAGCUGAGCGCUACUGCAAUGCAGCACAGUACAUCCACGAGCACUAUCAAGCGAGCGAGAAGCAGAGGCGACAUGAGAAAAGAUGUCCUAUCUGGAGAAAGCAGUUAUUCUCAUGGCUCGUCGGCCGACAAUGGCAGGAUGUCAAUCGAUCGUCCGCCUGCUUUCAGGCAGAUACAUGCUGAGCCGAUACCUGCUGUCCCUCCUCUGAAUGGUUCGGCGCUCUAUGCAAGCACGUCAAGCGGUCUCGAUAGAUCAAUCGGUCUCGAUAGAUCAAUCAAUGGCGACGCACCAGGCCGCAACAGCAUCUCAGAAAGAGACCGUGGACUGCCACAGCGGCCAUCACGAGAAUCAAGCUCGUCUGCUACCGUGCAAGGGGCUAUCUAUCCCACUGCCAGCAGAUCUCCGCCACCGAUACCCUCUCAAUUUCAGUUCUCGGCGCCGCCGCACUUGCAGCCUCGAACUUCGAUGGCGCUCGAUCGCCCACCGAAUGCUUUCGAUCCAUCGCGCACGUCUGUCCGCUCAUCAACAUACUCGACACAUUCACUGGCGGCAUCCGUCGCGCCGUCAGUCGUCUCACUUGCACCUAGCAUGGCCUCGUUGUCUAUGACGAGCGAAGCGUCCGACUUUCACUUUCCACGACCAAAAUCGGACGAACAGAUCGAGCGUAUGUUCGAAGAGCUGAUAUUCACGAGAGGUCUCCAAGGACAAGGAGAUAAAGUUCUCAAUGACAUGCUGUCCUGGUCCGUCGACAAGAAGUGGCAGCUCGUACAUACGCACAGGCUGAGCGAGCACCAGGCCGCCAAGCGUGCAAACAUCCCGCACAGUAUCGGCGGCGUACGAACAUCCAGCAAAUCUUCCUCACGAACUCAAAAGGACAAGCCAGAAUACUAUCUCGCAAAGUUCCUGGACAAUACGAUCGACGCACGGGCAGUAGCUAACCUCAAUGUUGGCCUACGCACAUACGAGAUCUCAUGGCUACGCUCCUUUAUCGAGAUGCAAGGCCAGUCGGUGCUGGCAAACGCAUUGGCGAAUUUGAACAGGCAAGCGCCAUUAUCAAAACGCGAAGUUGAUCAUCAGCUCGAGUAUGAGAUCUUGAAGUGUCUCAAAACGCUGCUUAACAACAAGAUUGGUGCAGACGACGCGAUACAGCAUCCUGUAUGUAUAUCCAGCGUAGCACUCUCUCUCGUCUCAGCCCAGGUAGCCUCACGGAAGACCGUUGUCGAGAUCCUGACUUUUCUGGCGCACUGGGAAUAUCCGCAAGGCCAUCACUAUGUACUCAAAGCGUUCGACAACCUCAAAGCGGUGCGCAACGAUACUACCCGCUUCGAUGCUUGGCUCAGUACAUUCGAAGCCACCAUUGAUGGUAGGGGCAAGAUGGGCAGUCUGGUCGGUGUCAGCGAAGAGGUGAAGCUUUUGCGAUCGCGCGCCCCUCAGGACCUCGCUUCGGGCGGCAUUGGCCUGGAUGGCGCGCUAGGCGACUACGCGCUUGCCAAUCUGCUGCUCAUGAAUUCGCUCGUCUCGCUACCAGAAGAGUGUGAAAUCCGGGUCCAUCUGCGCUCUCAGCUCGACUCUUCGGGUCUCAAGAGAAUUUUCGCGAAGCUGAAAAGCUUCAAUCAUAGCACGAUCGAGCGUCAGAUUGGGCAGUAUGAGUCUGCUUCCGCCGAAGAUCAUGCCGAGCUUCUGUCCGGCUUUCAAGCUGGCACUCUCAAGGAGCUCUCCGAUCCACGCGACGUCGUUCAGGUCUUGUCUGCCAACUUGCAGGGCAAGCGCUCUUUCGAUUUUUUCCUGUCGGCGCUGCAGCACAUGCUCCUGCUUCGUUCGGACGAUGAGACGCAGACGCGAUGCUUUCAGUUGAUCGAUAUGAUGGUCAGCUCAGUCGCGAUGGAACGCACGAGCGGGCCCGAUGACGACAUAAGAUCUCUACUCGGUACAAACGUCGCCAAUCUGAUCUCGCGCUUUACAGACUCUGACAGAUUACAAGACGCCGAGAAACGUAACAAAGAGCUCGAGCAACUUGCGCGACGGUUACAGCGCGACAAAGAUGCCUUGACGUUUGAUCUGUCGCAAAACCAAUCCGGCGAUGCCGCCCAGCUUCAGGCCAAGCUGGCGCAAGCUGAGCAGGCGCUGGCAAUCUCUCGUCAGACGACGCAAGCGCUGCAGAGUCAAAUGGACGAGCGCGAACGGCAGCACCAACGCGAGAUGUCGGAGCAAGAAGUGAGGAUGCGAGAGCUCUUCACUAUGCUUAAGCAGACACGUGCACUCGAAAUGGUCCAGGAUGAGACGGGUGUGCUCGAUCGUAGAGAGCUCAUGGAUCUAAUGGAGAAGAAGCUGCAACGGACCAAAGCAGUCUUCAGGCUCGAGGGUCGAACUCUGGAAGGCGACAAACCUAAGCGUUCUGGCUCGGGUAAGAGCCAACGCGACAAGUCAGACAGAAAGAGUCGAAUCACCAAGGAUGUCGGUGAUCGUGCGCGUCAGCAGAUCGAAGAGGCCUUGCGUGUGGGUACUACGAACCUCGUAAGUACCGUACUCCUGCCAGAAGAGCACAUGUUCAAUCUUCCACAGCCACAAGGCGUGCACAGCCCAACCAGCGAUGAUACAGAUAACGCCUCGUCGCCAGCAGAGUCUGCUAGGAACGCAGCAGCAUUUGGUUCGCCGGGAGGCCUGCCUCACAAGUCACCUGCAAGGACUGCCGUGCCGGCAGGCAUACUCGACGCAAUACGUGCGCGCGGUACCCAAAGUGGGGAUCCCAAAGAUUUGUCUGCCGGUGAGAGCGAGCCUUCGAGUCCUUCCGGCCGGCGUGAUCGGGACGUACUCGGAGCAUCGCCUCUAAUUGGCUCGCCCACACCUCGACCUGUACGAUCAGCAAAGCGGCUAACCGAUUUACAAGCAUCUGAGGAUGCGGCUGCAUCCAACACUGACGCGGUGGAAGCUCAAGCCGCACCGUCUUUGCCACCACCACCGCCGCCGCCGCCGCCUCCUCCUCCUCCUCCUCCGUUCGUGCCUGGCACUGACCAAGCAGCUCCUCCGCCGCCGCCUCCUCCUCCACCCGCGCCGCCAGCACCGCCGGCACCGCCAGCGCCGGGUAUACCAGCACCUCCUCCGCCUCCUCCUCCGCCGAUGCCUCCGGGCGGCCGUGUCGUACAGCUCGCUUUGGGCGACAAGGUCGUCGGUCGAGGCGGCAAUGUGAUUGGGCCCAAGGGCAGCAUGUUUGUUCCUCGAGGCAGCGUUGUGGGACCGGCGGGCAGUUCGAUAGUGCCGCCACCGCCGCCUGCACCGGGGGCGCCGGGUAUACCCCCUCCUCCGCCGCCAGGUAUGCUGGCUCAGACGACAUUCUAUGCGGGUCAGAACGGCAAGAAGGAUGUCUAUCUUACUGCAAAGCAAAAGAUGAAGCAGCUGCAAUGGGAAAAUAUUGCGAAAGGCCAGACGACAAAGACAGUUUGGGCAGACAUCAAUAUUGAUGAAGCAGAGAUCGCGCGGCUGCUAUCCUCCGAUGGCACGCUGGAGACCAUGGAGGAGGAUUUCAAGGCCAAGCAAUUCGUGCCCAAAGUGAUGAAGAAGAAGGAAAUCUUAACUUCAGUCCUCAGCACUUUGACAAGGCAGAAGAUCGAGAUGCUGCUGCGCGGCCGGCUCCCUGCCGACGUCAGCGACAUAACGCUCGGCGUUCGCGACGUUGCCAGCCGCAUACUAAGGUUCGACGAGAGUCUUUGCACAGAAACUUUCUUGGGCGAAUUGAAGCCUAUCUUACCCUCGUCAGAGGACAUUGGCAAGCUCAACAUCUAUCGGAAUGCAACAGACGAUGUGCUUGCGACUCUGCAGAUCGCAGACAGAUUCAUGGUCGAGCUGCUCAAGAUUGAACGGCUAGAGCAGCGCGUAACGGGGAUGCUCUAUCGUGCACGCUUUGACGAGACAUAUGCGACACUCAAGGAGAGCGUCGACAAGAUCCUGGCGAGUUGCGGAGCACUAAAGAAGGCUGAUUGCUUCAAAGAGCUGCUCAACCUAAUUUUGAUGAUCGGUAACUUUCUCAAUUCUACUGGUCUCAAAGGCGGCGCAUUCGGCUUUCGAGUCAGUAGUAUCAACAAGAUGGUCGACACCAAAUCAUCCAAUGGCAUCACGCUGUUACACUUCCUCGAGCGGACAGUUUCGCGACGUUUCCAAAGCAUCGAGGGCUUCCUUGAUGAGCUGACCAUGCCUUCAGAGGCUCACAAGGUGAGCCUUGAGGACAGUAGGAAAGAGAUGGCAUCGCUCCGCGCUAGUCUCAAGAGCGUUCGGAGCGAACUCAGCUCCAACUUCGAAGAUAUUGACAAGCUUCAGCCCGACGAUGGCUACCCUCGCAGGAUGUUUCCCUUUGUGCGCGAAGCCGAUGAUCGACUACAGACACUCGUCGACCUCUUCACGCUUGCGGGAGCCGAAUUCAGCGAGACUUUACAUUACUUUGGCGAGGAUCAUCGGCCGACAACGAGCUCGGAAUUCUUCGGCAUUUUCAAAGUCUUCACAACCUCCUACAAGAAAGUCAAGGCACAGAACGCCACGCUUGCCGAAGAAGAAGCGGCACGUGAGAAGCGCCGUCAGGCAACGCAAGCGAAGACCGAGGCAGCGGUGGCCGAGCCGGCAAUCGAUCCGGAAGAGACUGCCAGCGUCAUGGACGAUCUCUUUACCAAAUUACGCGAAGGUACAAUGCCAGGCAGACGAUCGAAGCGAACGCGACGAGCUGCGCCCGAUACCAGCUCGCCCAAAACGUCGACCCCCACGCUCACAGCUGGCUUUACUGACGAUGCGAGCGAGCUCGCCAAAGGAAUGCUGCGCGAACUGCAGGGCGAUGGGGUCAGUCUUCUACGACCAGCUCACUGAUGUUGAGCUCAGGACGCGCAAGCAGUUUGACACAUACAAAGCACCGACGCCAGCUUAUGCGAGCAGCACGCGCGCCAGCAGGCGGCGGUUGCUCGAAGCUGCCGAACUACC